ACAUCAUCGACACACAGCGCACUAUGCCGGCCACGACAGAGGAGACGCUGGCGCUGUCGCAGACACAGGUGCAUGUGCACCCGUUGGUGCUCCUGUCCGUCACCGACCAUGCUUCUCGAAGUGCCGCCGGGCCUCGCAAGCGGGUGCUGGGCGUGCUCCUUGGGCAGGACAAUGGCAAGUCGAUCAACGUCGCCAACAGCUUUGCGGUGCCGUUUGAGGAAGACGAGGGUGCGGCAGGCAGCGGCAAGACGACGUGGUUCCUGGAUCACGACUACAUCGACGGCAUGAUGGAGAUGUGCAAGAAGGUCAAUGCGCGGGAGAAGAUGGUUGGCUGGUACCACACGGGGCCGAGGUUACGGGCGUCGGACCAGGAGAUCAACGACUUGAUGAAGAAGUUCAUCCCGAGACCAGUCAUGGUCAUUGUCGAUCCCCGGACGAGGGACACGGGCAUCCCCACCGAUGCCUACUUUGCCGUCGAGGAGAUCAAGGAUGACGGCACAGCGACGCAAAAGACAUUCACCCACGUCCCCUCAUCGAUCAUCGCCGAGGAGUCGGAAGAGAUUGGCGUUGAGCACCUCCUUCGCGAUAUCCGCGACACGACGACUGUCGGCACCCUCUCCACGCGCGUCUCGCAGCAGCUCCUCUCGCUACGAGGUCUCCAAUCGAGGCUGCUCGAGAUCAAAACCUACCUCGAGGCCGUCGUGCGGGGCGAGCUGCAGGUCAACCACCAGAUCAUCUACAACCUGCAGGACAUCUUCAACCUCCUCCCCGACCUGGACAAGACCGAGACAGCCAAGAGCUUCAGCGUGGCGCAGAACGACCAGCUGCUCGUCGUCUAUCUCAGCUCACUGAUUCGGAGCGUGAUUGCGCUGCACGGCCUCAUCAACAACCGCGCCGAGAAUGCACGCGAGGAGGAGGAGGAGAGCAGCGGCGGGGCUAAAAAGGAGGCUGGCGAGGCCGGGUCAGGCGCCGAGGGCAAGGAAAAGGAAAAGAAGGAGGGUGACGCCAAGACGGACGAGAAGCACUAG